UUUUUUUCAAAAUCAUUUUCCAAACAGUAUCUUCUUCUUCUUCUUCUUCUUCCCAAAUACGCUUUUUUUUCUUCCUAUUUGUCUUUAUCAGUAGAAAAAUGGGAACCAUUAAGGCUGAGAAAACCGUAACAGGAUGGGCUGCCAGGGACUCAUCUGGUGUUCUCUCACCAUACACUUACACACUCAGAGAAACUGGUCCUGAAGAUGUAUACAUUAAAGUCACAUGCUGUGGAGUUUGUCACACUGAUAUUCACCAAGUCAAAAAUGAUUUGGGCAUGUCAAACUAUCCAAUGGUCCCAGGGCAUGAAGUUGUUGGUGAAGUUAUGGAAGUGGGAUCAGAAGUAACCAAGUUCAAAGUGGGUGACAUAGUCGGAGCAGGCUGCAUAGUGGGCUCUUGCCAACACUGCAAGCCAUGCAAGUCUGAGAAUGAGCAAUACUGCAACAAAAAAAUAUGGUCUUACAACGAUGUCUACACCGAUCAAAAGCCUACUCAAGGUGGCUUCGCCGAGGCCAUGGUGGUCGAUCAAAAGUUUGUGGUGCAUAUACCAGAAGGAAUGGGGGCAGAACAGGCUGCGCCUCUACUUUGUGCUGGAGUGACUAUCUACAGCCCAUUGAAGCACUUUGGAUUGAUGCAAAGUGGGCUAAAAGGAGCAAUUUUGGGGUUAGGAGGAGUGGGACACAUGGGAGUGAAAUUAGCCAAAGCUAUGGGACACCAUGUGACUGUGGUGAGCUCUUCUGACAAGAAAAGAGAAGAGGCUCUUGCUCAUCUUGGUGCUGAUGAUUACCUUGUUAGCUCUGACUCAGCCAAAAUGCAAGAGCAAUUUGAUUCUUUUGAUUAUAUAAUUGACACAAUCCCUGUUUUUCAUCCACUUGAGCCUUAUCUUUCACUUUUGAAACUUGAUGGGAAGCUGAUUUUGAUGGGUGUUAUCAACACCCCACUUCAAUUUGUCAGCCCUAUGGUUAUGCUUGGGAGGAAGUGCAUCACUGGAAGCUUUAUUGGGAGUAUAAAGGAAACAGAGGAAAUGCUUGAGUUUUGUAAAGAGAAGAAGUUGAGUUCCACAAUUGAGACAGUGAAAUUGGAUUACAUUAACACAGCUUUGGAAAGAUUGGAAAAGAAUGAUGUUAGGUACAGGUUCGUUGUUGAUGUUGUUGGAAGCAAGCUUACUUAAAUGAUGAGAAAAGACAAGGACAUUUACUUGUAUGAAAUUUAAAAGGGAGGAAAAGUAUAAGACAUACCAUACCAAACCCAAAAAUAUGAAAACAAAAGUGUUUUAAGUUUUUAUUUUUUUUUUCUUUUCAAGUGCUCUUUUCGUCUUUCUAUGUAAUGUUUGUGAACAAUUUCGUUAAGUGGGCAUCGUGUUGAUGCUUUUGUUAAUUGUCAAUUUUUCUUUGAAAAGAAAAGAAAAUUGACAAAUUUUAUUAUUGCAAUGUUAUUGGUAGUUAAGUAACAGAUUUUUCAUAA